AUGGCAGACUCCGCUCCGUUAUCACAAAUCGUGCUCAACGAUACCUUAUAUCGGGGUUGUCGUUUCUGGAUGCCUUUUUGGGGGUCUGAAUCUCUUUUUCCCUUCGCUGUUUCUCAAAGUUCUGACGGGAUUGUCUCAGUUUCUUGUGUUCAAGCCUGGUACUACUUUACCCACCAAAGCGAUCGGUGGCACUUGAAAGCCCUGGUUGGGGCUGUGAUGCUGACGGACACCAUACACCAAGGUCUCAUCACUCACACUGUUUACACGUAUACCAUCACGAACUGGGGUAAUGUGUCUUUUCUUGGCGAGCUCGUUCAAACACUGUUGGUCGAGGUCUUGUUUAAUGGACUCACCACGGUCAUGGUGCAAUGGCGAGCCCCUACGCCCCCUGUUCUAAACUUCCUUGCAACGCGUAUCUGGCGAUUGAGCGAUCGAAAAGUGUGGCUCAUCGUCAUCGUUCUUAUACGAUCAUAUCUAACUAGCAAACACAGGCUACGAUAUAAAACCGUCGCUGAACUCGCUCACCUGGAGGGACUAUCGCUCGCAACCAACGCUCUAGCAGCGGCGGGCGACGUCGUCAUCGCCGCCUCAUUGUGCACAAUCUUACACCGCUCUCGCACCGGCUUCCACAGAUCGGAUACGAUCAUUACUAAACUCAUAGUCUUCUCCGUCAAUACCGGACUUCUCACCAGCCUUUGCGCCUUAGCUUCCCUCGUUUCGAUCCUCGCGUGGCCGACGACGUAUAUUUACAUCGCUUUUUUCUUCUGCAUAGGACGCCUCUAUACAAACUCUCUACUCGCAACACUCAAUGCGCGGAAGAAGAUUCGUGAGCUCUCCGAUGGCAUUGAAAGCACCAGUGGAAAUAAUCUGUCAUUGAACUCGAUGGGAAAGAGCAAGACCGGAAAGAUUUCAUCCAGUCGAGGUUCUGGAUAUAUUGGAGCGGAGCCUGGAUAUGAUUCAGCUUGA